UUGUCAUCCAGCAGUACUUGCCCUGACACACCGGGCAAGCUCUACUGUCAUCUGACUCGAUGUUAAAGAUGGCAGGAAACAAGUCCUACACUAUAGUUGAAUAUUUCGGCGGGGAUUGCGGCUACCGCUGUGGCUACUGUAAAAAUGAUGAAGGGAACUUUUCACAUGGUAUGUGGUCUCACACCAUGACAGUACAAGACUACCAAGACCUCAUAGACCGAGGAUGGAGAAGAAGUGGGAAAUAUGUCUAUAAGCCCAAAAUGAACAAGACAUGCUGUCCACAGUAUACCAUCAGAUGUCAUGCACUGAAAUUCCAGCCUUCCAAAUCCCACAAGAAAAUCCUGAAAAAGCUGAACAAAUUUAUUUCCAAAGGGGAACUGCCAAAAGUACAGGAUGAUGGGGAGCCAAUGGACUCAGUGUGUGAAGAAACAGGUCCACGGGAACCGAGUAAAGUCUGUCACUCAGAUGUGAAGUGUGCUGCUAUCACAGACAUUCAGAAGGAGCUACCAGAGUGUCCCGCUAUCACAGAAGUUCAGAAGGAGGUAGAGGAUGCUGUACCUGCUGACUCGGAAACAUCAAGAAGGGAUCAAGUGUCUAGCCAAGAUGAGAGAACAACAGCGACAGCUCCUAAACCAGGGAUUGGAGCUGAUCCUGGCCGGCCGCCAUGUCGGAAGGCCAAAGACUUAAGGAAGGAGCGACGUCUUCAGAAAGAGCAGGUUAGACAAAACGCUGAUGGGGUCUCUCCCAUUGUCUCUCCUACUCCACCUACUCCCGCCCAGACCAGCCAACCAAAGUCCCUGGAAGAUUUUAUCAAUGAGUCAUUGCCUGAAAAUUGUUCUCAUUGCCUUGAGGUGAGGCUAGUGCCGGUCAACUUUGAGGACCCUGAGUUCACAGUGUCCUAUGAGCAGUCGGUGGCGCUGUACGCAAGCUACCAGAUGGCCAUUCAUGGUGAUGACCCCAGCGAAUGUAGUGAGAGUGAGUUCCGGAGAUUUCUCUGUGAUUCACCACUAGAGGCAGAACAUUCUCCAGAUGGGCCCGAGGUGGGCUACGGCUCCUUCCACCAGCAGUACUGGCUGGACGGGCGCAUCGUAGCGGUGGGGGUGAUUGAUAUCCUGCCUACCUGUGUGUCCUCUGUCUACCUGUACUACCACCCAGACUUUGCCUCACUGUCUCUGGGCUCCUACUCUGCUCUCAGGGAGAUCGCUUUCACCAGGCAGCUGCAGAAACAGUCCCCCAAGUUGUCCUACUACUACCUGGGCUUUUACAUUCACUCCUGUCCCAAGAUGCGGUAUAAGGGGCAGUACCGGCCUUCAGACCUCCUGUGCCCAGAAACCUAUGCCUGGGUCCCAAUAGAGCAAUGUGUACCCCGCCUGGACAACUCCCGCUAUGCUCGUUUGAACCAGGAUCCUGACGCAGGAGAUGCUCGGGUGCUGAAGGAUGUGGGCAGAGCUCUGGUGCUAUACAGACGGGCCGUCAUGCCCUACGCAGCCUACUCCCGCAAACGCAAAGGAUCCAGCGACGAGACGGAGGUGCAGCAGUACGCCGGCUUGGUUGGCCAGGACUGUGCUGAAAGGAUCUUGCUUUACCGCGCCUAAACACAUACAGCGUCACACCACUGCACCUUUUUAAAUAUAUACGUAAAUACACACCUCUCAGCAAUGUCUGUCUGUUUCUGUUUAUGUAUGUCUGUGUGUCUUUUCACUGUCUGUGAAAGUGCUUUCUGCUGCCGCUCCCUGUAGUCUCACCAUGCUUAGCUCUACACAGGCUGGAACAAUGCAGCACUCACUCACUAUAUAUGUACAGUACGUACCUAUUCACCCACUGGCCUCGCUCAUCAGUCAUGUCUCAUUCACAUUUUAUUUCAAAGAGUUACAUUUUAUUUAUCAACAUCCAUUCUCGGUUUACUUCUUCUGCAUCCUUUAGUUUGAUUUGACUCCCUGCAGGGAACGGUCCCUCGAAUGUUAUUUUGGUAUCAUGUAUUCAUCACUUUGAUUUUUCCAUCUUCAAUUCUGUACGCUUAAGUAAUGAUGUUCCUGAUGAUGAUGAUGAUGAUGAUGAUGGUGGUGGUGGUGCUGCACACAGGUGACAGCUCUGCUCUGAACUGACACAGGUUUAGAUGUAUGUCAGCGCUGCCACUUGAAGAGCAUGUUCUCUUUGACUGUUGAGUGAUUCUGAAGGUGGUUGUCAGUUGCUUACAUCCUGUCCCCAAACUCCACUACACCAAAACAUUAAAGACUUUUCAUCACUUGGUUUAUUUGAAGCAAAGAACUCUCUCAUUUCAGUGUUUUUUGUCUGUAAUAUUUAUAGCUUUUUUUUUGCUUUUCUUUUAAUAUUGACUCUGUUAUUUUUGGUUAAACCAAAUAAAGGGGUUGUAUACUCCC